AUGUAUGAUGAGAGUAUAGCUGAUAGCUCAGGAAAAAAAUUGAAUGAUGAGUUCUUAAAAGACCCUACUAGUUAUCAGAAACUAAAUGGGAAGUUACUCUAUCUUACAAUGACAAGACCUGAUAUUGCUUAUGCAAUACAAAACCUCCGCCAAUUCAUGCAUUCGCCUAAGAAGUCUCACAUGGAAGCUGCAUUAAGGGUGGUUAGAUACCUGAAGAAUGCCCCUGGCUUAGGAAUCAUCUUGUCAUCAGAAAUUUCACAUGCACUGACUGUUUAUUGUGAUGCUGAUUGGGCUACUUGUCCCAUGACAAAGAAAUCACUUAGUGGUUUUGUGGUUAAACUAGGAGAUUCAUUGAUAUCUUGGAAAUCCAAGAAGAAAAGUACCAUAUCCAGAAGUUCUGCAGAAGCUGAAUACAGAAGCAUGGCAAGUGCUACAACAGAGAUGAUUUGGUUGAUUGGCUUGUUUGCAGAACUGAAUUGGAAGAUAACAUUGCCUGUGAGUUGUUCUGUGAUAGUAAGGCAGCCAUACAAAUAG